GUCCAACCCUUAUCUCUCCUAGUCAUCACAUAUUUUCUUUUCUUUUUUUCCUUUCCUUAUAUUUACAUCUUUCAUGGCCUUGUGAAUACAGAAUCCUAGUGCUUGUUGAUCUCACACUCUAAAGCUUUUGACUUACAGUCUGUUUGUGUCGGCGUUCAAAGAGGAUAUAGCAAACAUGGGCAAAGGAGGGAUGUCACAUGGGGAAACCAAAGAUGGAGAAGAGGAGAACAUGGCCGCUUGGCUUCUUGGUGUCAAUACUCUCAAGAUUCAGCCUUUCAAGCUCCCUUGUCUUGGACCCCAUGAUGUUAGAGUAAGAAUGAAAGCUGUUGGUAUCUGUGGAAGUGAUGUUCACUAUCUUAAGACCAUGAAGUGUGCACAUUUUGUAGUGAAAGAGCCAAUGGUCAUUGGGCAUGAGUGUGCUGGGAUCAUAGAGGAGGUUGGAAGUGAGAUUAAGAGUCUUGUGCCUGGAGACCGUGUGGCAUUGGAACCUGGGAUUAGUUGCUGGCGAUGCAACCUUUGCAAAGAGGGUCGAUACAAUCUAUGCCCUGAUAUGAAGUUCUUUGCAACUCCACCGGUUCACGGGUCUCUUGCCAAUCAGGUGGUGCAUCCUGCAGACCUAUGUUUUAAACUGCCAGAUAAUGUCAGCUUGGAGGAAGGGGCAAUGUGUGAGCCUUUAAGUGUUGGAGUUCAUGCUUGCCGUCGAGCUAAUAUUGGUCCAGAAACAAAUGUGUUGGUCAUGGGAGCUGGACCCAUAGGACUUGUUACACUGCUAGCAGCUCGUGCUUUUGGAGCACCCAGAAUUGUCAUUGUGGAUGUGGACGACUACCGUUUAUCUGUCGCCAAGGAUCUUGGUGCUGAUGAAAUUGUUAAAGUUUCAACAAGUCUUCAGGAUGUAGAUCAAGAAGUGGUAUUGAUACAUCAAGCUAUGGGGACUGGAGUGGAUGUCACCUUUGAUUGUGCAGGCUUUAACAAAACCAUGUCAACAGCCCUGAGUGCCACUAGGCCAGGAGGAAAAGUUUGCCUUGUAGGGAUGGGUCACAAUGAGAUGACUGUCCCUCUAACUCCAGCUGCUGCAAGGGAGGUUGAUGUCAUCGGUAUCUUCCGCUACAAGAACACAUGGCCACUAUGCAUUGAGUUUUUGAGUAGUGGUAAAAUCGACGUAAAACCCCUGAUAACUCACAGGUUUGGAUUCUCCCAGAAGGAGGUUGAGGAAGCUUUUGAGACCAGUGCUAGCGGCAGUACUGCCAUCAAGGUCAUGUUUAACCUGUAAAAUCAGCUGAGAACUUAUCCUUUGAGAAUACUAAAAAAAAUAUAAAGAAGGAAGAGAGCGAUGGGAAAAUAUGCAAAAAGAAUCUUGUAAGGGGCUUAUAUAAUCAGUAAACUUGCUCUUCUAAAUAAUGAUGUGAUGCCAUCAGUACAUUUGUUCUUAUUUCUUGUAAUGUCUGUAUGGUACUUUUAUAAGGUUUUACAUGCAGCUGUAAAUUAUGAGAAUUUCUCUGACGAGAGGAGAGACGAUUGAAAUUGUCGAUGAUGUUUUUCAUUAUCA